GUUAUUCAAUAACAUGAAUACUAAAAAGAAUUUCUGAACACGUGAUAACAGAAUGACAAGAUUACGAGAGGCUUGAUAAUUUAUUCAUUACAUAUACUCGGAGCAACCAGGUCCGGUCAAUAUGUUGACGGAGUGUUUCUUUGGGUUCUUGGUUAUUGCUUUCACAAAAUGGAUUUAUGACAGAUUAACGCAGAAAAGAUGCACGGUUCCUGGUCCGUAUGGACUACCUUUAAUCGGGAAUAUGCAUCAAAUCAUUAAAUCACCACUUCCUUUGCUUGAGAAAUGGAGGAAAACGUAUGGAGAUGUCUAUAAAAUAAACGUAGCAAUGUCUGAUGUAGUUGUGGUACACGGAGAAGCAAUUUACGAAGUUCUCGUCACAAAGAGUGAUGACUAUGCCGGACGGCCGCCGAACGAAAGAUUUGGGAUAGUAAAUGACUACCAAGAUAUUUUGACCCGUUCGGCCGAUGCACAAUGGAAAGAUUACCGUAAGAUUGCUCACCAAGGAUUGCGGCAAUAUGGAACAGGUUUUGAUCGCAUUGAGCAAAUCAGCAUGGAUGAAAUUCAAGAUUGUGUUGAAAGGUUUGAUCGGGAGGAUCCGUUUGAUCCAUAUGAAGACAUGUACCUCACAGUAGCAAAUAUUGCGCUUAUUGUGUUAAUGGGAGAAAGGUUUGAUAAGAAUGAUGAUAUGUUCAAACUAACCGUAAAAGUUGACAGGGAUUCCCUCAGAGUGUUUGGUAUAAAUUGUGCAUAUAUGGACAUUCUUCCCUGGACAAUGAACAUUCCACACGAGUCCGGGAGAAUUUUCAAAGAGGCACGAGUUGGCAUGAACACUUUGAAGGAGCUAUGCGUUAAAAAGACCAAGAAAACCUUUGAUGGUGAUAAUCUUAGGGGUGUGUUUGAUGCUAUCUUCAAGGAACAAGAAAAGCGCAAAAACACAGAUCAACCUUUGAGUGAUACUGUGUUUAAAGGCAUAUCACUGAACCUGAUCAUUGCAGCUAUUGUGACAACAUCAACUGCCCUCAAAAGUAUGAUAGCAUACCUGUUAGACUACCCAGACAUCCAGGAAAAACUUCACAAAGAAAUUGACGACGCUAUAGGAGAAAGGAUUCCUACAUUGGAGGAUAGGAAGCGUAUGCCAUAUACGGAGGCGUUUAUCCUCGAAUCGUUAAGGUUCAUGUCCCACAUUCCAUUUGCGAUUCCACACGAGACAAUGGUGGACGUCACUCUGAACGGAUACUAUAUCCCUAAAGGAACGCAGGUAUGGACCAAUUUAUACAGCCUGCAUCACGACGAGCGGUACUUCAAAAGUAGAGAGGCUUUAACACGUAGUUCAAUGGGCCUGCAUCACGACGAGCGAUACUUCCCCGACCCAUGGACUUUCAAACCAGACCGAUUUUUAGAUGAUGCAGGAGAAUUGAUUCCAACGGACCAACGAAAAUUAUUGAUGCCAUUUGGGGCAGGACGAAGAGUUUGUGUCGGUGAACAAAUGGCAAGAGUUCGGAUUUUCCUCUUUAUGACGACAAUGCUUCAACGUUAUGAGUUUCUGCCUGAAAAGCCCGGAUGUCCGCCAAAUUAUGACCCGAGGGACGGUGUCAUGGGUACUGUUUUGAAAAUGAAAGACUACAAGAUACGCGUCAAGAAAAGAGACUAG